AUGUCUACUGAAGACGUCACCUGUCGUAUUCGCGUAGAACUAACAGACACCAAGGGUGAACAUCGACUUUUCAACAUCUGCGAGGUCUCCGGCAUCCCCGAAGAGGUAAAAAAGCAAUGGGUACAGAAGAUUACAGACUACAUCUGGGGGCCUGGAAGCAACCAAGGAGGUUCCAGGCUGGUCAUCCGGCCGUGGGACUUCAUACUGCGUUCCGACGGCUCCUUCGAUUCCCUUCCUGUUCCAAACCUCGAACAAAACACUAGCAGCGGCGUUUAUCCAGCGCAUUAUCGCAUUCCGCCCACCAUCUACGAAAUUGCCUGCGGCAAGAAGCCACUUGAAGGGCUAAGCGAUGAGGAGGUGCAACAGCAUUAUAGCAAUGCCGAGUUCCUGGACGAUGUUCCAACGCUCCCGCCUGACUUGUUGAUUACGAUCUUAUCGUGCUGGAGCGUUGAAUUUGCUAACAUAAUCAAUCCUCCUCGCUCGAAAUUCGCUGGAUUCGCUGCAGCAGCUGGUUCUUACAUCAAAGCACACCCAUAUCUCUUUGCUCUCCAGAUCACCGGAGCCCUCUCCUUGACUGCCGCCGCAAUCGCUCCAGCAAUCCUCGGCGCCGUGGGCUUCGGUGCACUAGGUCCGGUCGCGGGCAGCACAGCAGCAGGAUGGCAGGCUUCUAUUGGUGUUGUUGAAGCCGGAAGCCUUUUCGCCUGGUGCCAAAGUGCUGCCAUGGGUGAAGCAGCCGUCAACGCCAUCGUUGCGACAGGCGCGGCAGGUGGUGGAGUUGCCGCUCUCGCAACAGGGGUAGCAGCAGCACAAAAUCAAGGUCUUGAUGUAGAUAUACUCAUAGCGAAGUUCAAGGAGGUCUACAGGCAGGGAGAUUUCGGUGACUAA